AUGCCUCCCAAUCACUAUCUCCGCCUUGCUUUUAGACUUCUCCAGUGUGAUCCUGCCCGGAACAUCCUGAUACGCGGCGCCAAGAAAGCCAUGACCCCACGCCCCAACGAACUCUACCCACCACGGGACGCGUCCGACCCUGAGAUUGACGAACGAAGCUCCGAGACCCACAACCCCGUCACGGUUCCAGAGGAUCAGAGCGCAGAAGCACGCUCGGCAGGAACGUCUUACACCCCUCCGAGUCUCGAAGAUACGGAAAAGUUGGUGCGUUCCGAGGAUCCUGCUGAACAAGAGCUGGGACACACCCUGCAAUCCUAUCAGAUGCAGUUGAUGUUACUGGAACAACAAUAUAAACGCUACAAAUUGCGGUUGGAACAAGAGCGGAAAGCUUCCGAGUCGGCAUCUUCCUAG